AGCUCAAUUGCUCUAACAUGGAUCCAAUGUCCUCCCAAUUCUCUCUCUUCCUCCCUAUUUAAGUACCCCAAAUUUCUCUCCAGGCUUUUCUCAACAAUACCAAGAGGCAAACAGCAUCCCACCACACAAUCUCUCUCUCUCUCUCUCUCUUUCGUUUCCCCAACUAUUUUGCUAACCAUUUUCUUCCUUUCCUCAAACUCCUUGAUUUUCUCGUCCUCUCUUUUAUCGUCAAGGUUCUUGUUAUUAACAAAACAUUGACAACAUCGUUGUUAUUGUCAUCUUUACCACCACUUGUAUUAUCUUCUCGUAUUGAGAAGAUAAUGGAUUCCGUAGAGCUAAAGCGUGUAUUUCAAUUGUUCGAUCGAAAUGGAGAUGGACGUAUCACGAAAAAAGAAUUGAAUGACUCGUUGGAUAACUUGGGUAUCUUUAUCCCGGAUAAAGAGUUAACCCAAAUGAUCGAGAAAAUUGACGUCAAUGGAGAUGGUUGCGUGGAUAUUGAUGAAUUUGGAGAAUUGUACCAAACGAUAAUCGAGGAGCGAGAUGAGGAGGAGGACAUGAAGGAUGCUUUCAAAGUGUUUGAUCAAAAUGGUGAUGGAUUUAUCACCGUCGAUGAAUUAAGGUCGGUUUUAACCUCUCUUGGGCUUAAACAAGGUAGGGCCUUGGAGGAUUGCAAGAAAAUGAUAAUGAAGGUGGAUGUGGAUGGAGAUGGUAUGGUAAAUUAUAAGGAGUUUAAGCAAAUGAUGAAGGGGGGUGGGUUUAGUGCGUUGGGAUAACACUGUUAACAUUUGGGUUUGAGAGGGUCCAGUGUAGGUUGUUGAAGCUUGCAUCUAUUUGGAAAUUUUAUGUACUCCUCUCCUUUGUACAUUGUGCGCACGUGACAUCAUUCUAUUGGUUCUUGCCGGGAAUAUGCAUUUAUCCCACAUUCCGAUCAAUUGAAGGCAUGGAUGGCCAUUGGACUGUGAGCACAUGUCGGACACAGUGGCUAAUAUAGAUUUUUUUUUCCCCCGGAAAGGGAAGGAAAGGGAGUAAGAAGGUAAUGGGAAAGUGAAACCAUAUCACCAAAAAACGAGACUGUGUUUUAUAUGUGAGUUUUGUUAUGUAUUGGACAUUGUAAGAUUGGGUUUGGUUUGGUUGUUUUUCUCCUAUUGCUUUGUGUUAUUUUUCCCAA